AUGUUCAGUGCUACUUGUGCAGUCCUAAGAAACAUAAUUAAUGAUAGAAGCAAAUUGAAUCAACGAGAUGAGGCAGAUGGAGUUUAUGAUUCCAUUACAUCUUUUGAGUUUGUCUUCAUCUUACAUCUUAUGAGGGAUAUCAUGGAGAUUACUGAUGAUCUUUGCCAAGCUUUGCAAAUUCCUAAUAUGAGUUGUCCUUAUAAAGGAGGCCGAGGUCGGUCUCAUUCUGAAAGAGAUCAACUCACCAUGGAACAUCAUUUUCGAGUUGAUAUUUUUAUGGUUAUAGUUGAUUCUCAGUUACAAGAACUAAACAAUAGGUUUAAGGAAGAUGUAAUGGAAUUGCUUGUUCUUAGCUCAGCUUCGGAUCCUAGGGAUGGUUAUAGAUCAUUCAAAAUUGAGGAUAUUUGCAAACUUGCAAAUAAAUUUUAUCCCAUGGAUUUCUUCGAGCAAGAAAAAUUACAUUUGAAAUAUCAGUUGGAAAACUAUAAGCUUGAUAUUUCCAUACUUCCUGAGUUUCAGAAGCUCUCAACCAUUUCUGAGUUAUGUCAAUUGUUGGCAAAAACAAAAAAGUUAACAAGUUAUCCUCUUAUUGAUAGAUUGAUCCGCCUUGUGUUGACUUUACCUGUUUCAACUGCUACAUCAAAACGUGCAUUUUCAGCUAUAAAACUCAUUAAGUCUAAAUUGCGCAAUAGGAUAGAAGAUGGUUUUCUGGCUAGUUACUUGAUUACGUACAUUGAAAAAGACAUUGAUCGAGGGUUUGAUGUAGAUUCUAUCAUCCAUGCUUUUGAUAUUAUGAAAGAACGUCGAGUUCAAUUGAAGAUGCCUAAUUUUAGUAUAUAA